UGAACUUGACCUCCAGUGUACUGUCCAUCUGCACUGGUCUCAGAACAGUUUGAAAUGCAUCUUAUUUUCAUCCGAACUCCGUAUACAGCCUCUGAAAGAAACAUUUUCCAGUUUUUGGAUGAACCUAUUGAUUCUCAGUGAUAAUGCACAGUGAAUAUAGCUGAAACUGAGCAUACAGUCCACGAAUGUGGUCAUUGUGUUUAACAGUGUGUCGUUUCAUGAUAAAUCGAUCGUGCAUCGAAAGUUUAACCCUUUACUGACAGCACAAAUUCUUCUGAACUGAGAUCAGUUGGUUUAAAUUAAAUGAAAUUAUGUGUUGCGUAUAGCAAAGCCAAAAAACAACGCACAAGGUUAAAGGACCCAAACGUUAAAGGGGUCAUAUUAUUAACUGUCAUUAUAUUAACAGUGGCGAUUUUAGGGGGUGGCCUGUGGUGGCCUGGGCCACCCCUGAAAUCUCAUUGGCCACCCUGUGGCCACCCCAGAACUGAUUGGUAGUUCAUCAUGUUAAUCAACACAAGAACGAAGAACCAAUAUGACCUGUCAAUCAAAGAUGACACCUCAGGUCAUUUGUUGAUUUAGAGCCACAAUGACCCAGGGUCAGUUUUAUAUUUCUGACCAUUAUAGUAGUGGUGGGACUGAAGCUGUGUGAGCUCAUCUUUGAUCAUUGGGGGGAGGGGCAGGCCGCGGGAGGCCAGCAGGUGCCGCAGGUCGCGGGCAGCGGGCGCCAGGUCUGGAGAAUAAUGGUCAGUCAGAAGCACGAAGCUGACACAAGCUAGUGUCUACCUCCAACUUCCAAUGAGUUGACGAUGUCGAUUUGUGGUCAAAAAGAAAGCUGUUAUUUGAGAGGUAUGUUCAUCUAAUCUAACGUUUAAUUUAUCCCGAAUUUCCAUGUGAAUGUGAAAACAUUUUUUCAUUGUUACAGUAGCUAGGUUAAAGAGUAAGCUAGACCCUACACCACAUUCAGCAUGUUAUCUUUAUAUUGACAUGAAAUAUGAAAUGCUAUGUUUUCUGAUUUAAUGACGGAGGUGUGUAAAGCGUUUUACAGAUGUAUAUGUUCAAUAGCUGAAGUUAUAUAUAUGGCUAACCUGUGUGUGAAAUGGAAGGGUUUGUGCUGUGACUGUACUUUAAAUCUUUACAUGAGUUAUUUAUGAGCUCUUUAUGUGUAUUAUUGGUCAGUCAGACCAACAAAAUCUUCAAAGUUUUUAUACCUUAUUUGACAUUUUAAAUAUGAAGAGGCAUGGCAAAUUGCACUUAAAUGCAGCAAAUGAUUUGACUAACUAUUUUAUUUGGUAAUAUUCAAAGUAAUUGAAGCUAUCAGAACAUGUGGAAAAUAAACCUGAGUAGACACUGUAAAUAGAGUUUUGUUUUUUACUGUAUUCAGAGCUCAAUCUGCAAUUUUAGGGUUUCCAGACAGACAAGUAUAAGCCCUCAUAGCCAAUUUCACACACUGAUUUGUACCCAAUUUAACAAUAUUUCUGCUGGACAGUGCAGUUAUAGCUAAUAAAUGAAUGAAUAAUUGAUUGAAUGAUUGAUUGAAUUGCGCCUCAAUCAGUUAUCACCUGUACUUGUAUCUUUUUAUGAUUAUACACUAUACCUGAUGUUAUAUGCAGAUUAAUUCUCUACAAUGAGAAUAGCUCUUAAAAAUGUGAAACUGAUUUUUCCUAAACAAUUACUGAUUUAAAAAUGGAUGUUAUGUUAAAAUAACCAGAGAUUCACAGAAACUGUAAUAGGUUGAAAUAGAACAGGAAUAGAAAACUGUCAAAUGUCAAAACAACAGUCUAAUAUUGAAUACAAACAAUUCAGUGAAUGCUAACAUGAGUUUAAGAAUUCAUUUAUUCUACAUGUGUAGAUGUUGAAGCAAAGCAAUGCAAUAUUUACACAUUUUGAUCAUGUGCCAUUCAUAAAGGUUCUCCCGGUAUCGCCACCCCACACUAGGUCUGUGCCCCAUCUUGGCCACCCCAGUAAAAAUGUCCUGGAUACGCCACUGCAUAUUAAACAUUAAAUUUUUCCCCCUGAGGUCCACUUAUAAGGUUAGUCAAGUUUGGUGUCGUUGACUCAGCCAUAUGUCAAUGUCUGUGUUAAUGUGUUAAUUCAUGAAUUUUAGAAUGAGCCUUUUUUUGCAGCUCAGUUUCAAUAAAUGCUCUUGUUGGGCUUGGAAGGAUGUUUUGAGUUAUAAAGUAUAUGUUCAUAGUACAAAAAACUUGAUUAAUUCAAAGAUUAAAAUAGAUUAUAUACUUAUACUGUAAAUAACCAUGCAAUUAAAAUAAAUAAAAUGUUUCUGAUUAUUAUACAGUUAUAAGGAGCAGGAAUUUGACCAAUAAGAAUAAAAACCAAGCGAACAACAAAAUGUUCUGUCUCUUGUUGUGUUAUGACAUCGCAGCUGGUAAGGUCACAGUGUAACUGGUUCCUUAAAUGACCAACAUGCCAUCUACAAAAUAAAUGUUAUGAUCUGAUGAGUUCUGUGUCUGUCAUCACACUUUAUACACCCGAGUCCUCUCACACAUCUGUAGACCUGUACUUUGUGUGUUUAUGUGCAGGUGAAAUUCCUCCUGAAGAGAGUGCCUGUCUUACAGGAGGAACUGGACACUUGCCGCAUCAGGAGAGAGAAGCUCCCCUGCUGACUUAAGAGAGAGAGAUUACAGCUGAGCUUCACACUGAAGGCUUUGCUGCAGGAGCCAUGAAUAGGACACUAACAGAUCCUAUGGUCAGUAGCUUCAGAGAAGAUGACCCUCGUCCACCGGUCCCUGGGGAAGAGGGCGAGAAGACAUACCACCAUCCCGGCAAACUGGCUAUGAUGAGACCUAAGGAUCCUGUGAAAUCUGUUACAGCUGGUUUUCGGGGUUCCACAACCAGGAGAGAUGACGAUGGACUCGGGGAACCCGAGGGCAGUGCGUCCCCAGACUCGCCUCUUGUCCGGUGGACCAAAUCGUUGCAUUUCCUUCUCGGGGACCAGGAUGGUGCUCAGCUUUUCCGAGCAUAUCUGGAACGUGAGAAAUGUGUCGACACUUUAGAUUUCUGGUUUGCUUGCAAUGGUUUCAGGCAAAUGGACCUCAAGGAUACCAAAACGCACAGAGUUGCCAAAGCCAUUUACAAGCGGUAUAUCGAGAACAACAGUGUUGUGGCCAAGCAGCUUAAGCCUGCCACUAAGACCUUUUUAAGGGAUAAUAUUAAGCGUCAGCAGAUUGACUCAGUGAUGUUUGAUCAGGCUCAAACAGAGAUCCAGACGGCAAUGGAGGAGAAUGCUUAUCAGAUGUUUCUGACUUCAGACAUAUACCUAGAGUACGUCCAAACAGGGUGUGAAAACCCCAGUCAAGUGAAUCCCAAUGGACUAGGAGGAUUAAAACUGGUGUGCGGAUACUUGCCGACUCUGAACGAAGAAGAGGAAUGGAGUUGUAAUGACUUCAAAGCCAAAGCUUUGGCCACCGUAGUGGGACUGUCUGCCAAAGUGUUACGGUCACCUCCUUCCCUCCGCGCCAUGGAAGUAUUAGAGAAAGGCUACAGGUCCUACAGACGUGGCGAUCCCACAAACCCCUACCAUGUUACAUCCGGUAAUAGUUUUGUCCCCGCCACCAGUGCCAAUGACAGCGAGGUCUCCAGUGAUGCCAUGACGGACGACUCCAUGUCCAUGACAGACAGCAGUGUAGAUGGCAUCCCUCCCUACAAGCUGGGCAGUAAAAAACAUCUACAGCGUGAGAUGCAACGCAACAUAAGGAUGAAUGGCCAAGUGUGCCUACCUCCAUUCCCCAGGACGCGGCGGCCACCUAAGGAGAUGACUCCCGUGGAGCCGGCAGCGUUUGCAGCACAACUGAUUGCCAGACUGGAGCGGCUCAAACGAGAACAAGAGACAAUGAGCUCUCUAGAGGAGAGACUGCAACAGAUUCAGGAGGAGGAAGAGCGGGACGAGUCAGAAAUGUCUGGCAGCAUUGCGUCUCACUCUCUGUCUCUGCUCCCUCCUGGCUCCUGCGAUGAGGACCCUCAGGCCAUCCUUGAUGAGCACCUCUCCCGAGUCCUCAAGACCCCUGGCUGUCAGUCUCCAGGCAUGGUUCGGCAUUCCCCACGCUCCCGCUCUCCGGAACAUCGACCUCCUCCUCGAGGAUGUCCCAGUGUCAGGUCCCAGUCAGGCUCCUUAAAUGGAUAUGUGCCCGCCAAGACCUUCAUUUCCAGACAGUCCUCCAAGCACAUCCAUCACCACUACAUCCACCACCAUGCUGGUCCCAAAAGCAAGGAGCAGAUUGAGGCGGAGGCAACCCAGCGGGCGCAGUGCCUGUGUCACGGAACCUCCAAAUGCUGCUCCGCUCCCUACAUCCGCAGCCGGAGUCUGGGCAGGGACCAGUGUGGCAGCCCUUCAGAAGUGGCCUUGGGGCAUUCCAGCUCUUUAUCCAAGCGUCUGUGUAAAUCUGGAGAGGAGGUUAACACGGAAGGAUUGGAGAGCAGUCUCUUACAACUGCCCACCGACAGUACAGAUCGCUCUCAGAAUGUCUGGCAGUGGAUCCUGGAGAGUGGCAGACAGACAAAGCAUAAGCCCCACAGCACUCAAAACGCAAAGAAGUCGCACUGUUUGGAUUCCGCCCACACGCCCACCUGGGGAGGCGGCGGAAGUAGCGGGCAUCUCCGUGCCCACCAGCCUGCUCACCCUUUCGUCCAAGACCCUGCCAUGCCCCCUCUACCCCCUCCAAACACCCUGGCACAGCUUGAAGAGGCCCGUAGACGCCUGGAGGAAGUCUCCAAACCCCCAAAACAGAGGCAUUUAACAUCAAACCUUCAAAGAGACAAGAGUCACCCAGUGCCUGUGCAGAACGGCAGUCCAACGCUUCAAACAGAUGAAUUGAAAGAUCUAAAGAAGACGUCAGGUUGCCACAGUAGUUUGGGCUCAGAGACGGUGGUCACAUACUUCUUCUGUGGUGAGGAGAUCCCAUACCGAUGGAUGAUGAAAACGCACAGCCUCACGCUCGGGCACUUCAAGGAACAACUGCGGAAAAAAGGCAACUACAGGUACUACUUCAAGAAGGCGAGUGAUGAGUUUGAAUGUGGCGCUGUGUUUGAGGAGGUCUGGGAUGAUUGCACCGUUCUGCCAAUGUAUGAGGGCAAAAUCCUGGGCAAAGUGGAGAGAAUGGACUAAACGAACCCAGAUGUGGACUUACCCAGCACUAAAGAGUGGAUAAUCGAUGUUUUUAUAUAAAAAGCUAAAGAAGUUUAAACAUCCAUAAGAUGUUUGGCUCACCAAGCUAUUGAAGGAAUACUAGCCAAUGAAGUACAGAGGAAUCUAAACCAGCAAUGCAUCAUGGAGUUGUUCAUCUGGUCUGGAACACUAAGGAGAAACACUAUGACCACUGAAGACUGUUUGUUUGUUUGUUUUGACUACAACACACCAAUGGACUGCUGACCAAUUGUUGAUGUUUGUACGUGUGUCGGGUGCGAGAGCAUUUGCCUGUGCAUACAGACGUGCUCAUAUGUACACAAAGUUACAGUCUGCUUCUGUCACAAGUUAAAAAAUUUUUAUUGCUAUUUAUUAAACUGUCAUUCCCUUUCUACCCAUGUUCACAUGAUGGACAAGCUGCUUAUAUGUAUGAUUGGGAGAUCUUUCCAAUGUUACACAUGCAUGGACAGACCUCCAGAGUCACACCCCUUAACUCAAGGAACUGUGCCAGGAGUUUCUCCACUGGCCAAUGAGAACGAGCCAUGUACUGGACCAGCAUGCUUCUCUGAGCCUCUCUACUGAUCGGGUCGAUAGUUCAACCAUUAUCACCCAGCCCAGAUCGUGUGUUGCAUCUUUAGUGCCUUUGGUUGACGAUCCAGGCAUUGCACAGGAACCAAAAGCCUUGUCCUGGAGCCAGUUCCCCCCAACUUUUCAAAGACAACCAAGAAAUAUGAAGUGAUGUUAUUUAAAACACUUCAAACUCUUCAGUUCAGCAUGGUCUUCGAGAUCAGAGGGUGUGUGGAAAGGGUUAAUGUCCUGUAUAAAAGUUGAACGGAAAGAGUGCAGAGCUCCAGGGCAAACUCUUGGAAUGCACUGGCAUGAGCGGAUAAGAACAUGCCGUUGCUAGUGUAUUAUACAGUACCUGUGCCUACAUGGAUACCAUGCUGUGUGCUGCCCUGUUUCAGGGUGUGAAUAUUCCCUUGCUUUUCAGAAGGGUUUAUGUUUAAAGUAAUUUUUUAUUAUUUGAAUAUCUUGUAAUCAUGAUAUUAUGUUUCUAUGUUUUCCUCCCCCAAGGAUUUAUGUUCCACUUAAAUGUAAAUUAUGCAUUAUAUAGAGCUUCAUUUUAAAGAUGACUUGGUACUUUAAUUAUUGUAAUUAUAAAGAGAUGUAGCCUUUAUUAAAGUUAUAUUUUUUAAAUGAA